AUGGCUACUAAUACUCUUCCAAAUCGCCCCCCACAAUCAAGGGAGAGUAAUGUUGAUGUGCUCAUCGUAGGUGCUGGGCCUACAGGGCUUAUGUGUGCGUAUGCACUAAUGCAAGCUGGUGCCAACGUCAGAAUCGUUGACAAAAGGCCAGAAUGCCUUGUUACCGGCCAAGCAGACGGGAUUCAGCCUAGGACUAUCGAGGUAUUGCAGAGCUAUGGGCUUGGUGACCGUCUUCUUCGCGAAGGCAAUCAUAUACACAUGGCUACGAUCUAUAUUCCUAACUCAGAGGGCGAUAUUGAAUCCACCGGGCGUAUACCAGUCAUAGGCACUGAGGGAACUCGAUACCCGUUUUUGAUUACCCUCAAUCAAGGAGCGAUCGAAGCUCUGUUUUGUGAUGCCAUACACUCAUUAGGAUUUGAUGUACACCGAUCAAUCGUUCCGACUUCUAUCGAGCUAUCACAGGAUAACGAAGAACUCGCGAAUCCAACAUCGCAUCCAGUCAAAGUAGUAUUACAGCAUCUCGAUUGUUCAAACGCAACAGAAAUCGUACAUGCGAAAUUUAUGAUAGGGACAGAUGGCGCGCAUUCAUGGGUUCGCAAGGCUCUGGAUAUAGCUAUGGAAGGAGAGCAAACAGAGUAUAUAUGGGGUGCUUUAGACAUGGUUCCUAUUACAAAUUUCCCUGACACUCGCAUCAGAGCCACUAUCCGCUCUCCUAACGGUUCUUGUAUGCUUAUUCCCCGUGAAGACGAUAAAAUUCGCCUAUAUGUACAAUUAUCGGAUGAAGAUAUUUUAGAUCCGCUUACGGGGAGAUCAGACAAAGAUAGAAUGAGCCCUGAAAAGCUACUGGAGGCUAUCAACAAGACAUUCAGUCCUUUUAAGAUGGAAAGGCCUUUGGAGUUUGACUGGUGGACAGUAUACAUAAGCGAGCGCCUUGGUCAGCGAGUAGCGUCGACAUUUUCUGUAAAGGAUCGUAUCUUCAUAGCGGGGGAUGCAUGUCAUACGCACUCGCCCAAAGCAGGCCAAGGGAUGAAUGCAGGCAUGAGCGAUGCACAUAAUCUCGCAUGGAAACUGACACAGGUUUUGCGAGGUUGGAGUGAUAUCUCGCUACUCAAGACUUAUGAGUUCGAACGGCGAAGGUAUGCGCAAGACCUGAUAAAUUUCGACAAAGAAUACGCAACUUUGUUUUCGUGCAAGGGACGAACAGAGACAAAAAUUGAACACGAAAAUUUAUUGAAGGCUCAGAAUGCGUUUGGCGGCUUCAUUACCGGCAUUGGAGUGCAGUAUUGCUCAUCGUCCAUCAUAAUUCCCACCCACCAAUGGUGUGCCGAGAAUAUCUUGGUUGGACAACGCAUGCCACCGCAAAUAUUUGUGCGGGCUUCUGACGGGCGGCCAUAUGAAUUGCAAGAUCUGCUACCAGCAGACAUGCGAUUCAAGAUACUGCUAUUUUUGGGGAAUACAGCUGAUCCCUCACAGCUGGAAAAGGUCCAAUUACUAGCAAAAGAUAUGGAAAGCUCUGAAAGCUUCCUCAGAAGAUAUCUGAGGAAUGAUAACAUAACUUCCAUGUUUGACAUCUUGACCAUCCUAGCGGAAAAGAAAGAGCUUGUGAACAUAAUGGAUUUACCAAAGCUUUUUAGGCUUCACUGGUCACAAGUGUUCGUCGAUGAUUUAGACGUGACAAGAAGUAAGGGAGGUCAGGGGUACAGUGCAUUUGGCAUUGAUCCCAGUCAAGUGACGCUGGUUGUUGUUCGUCCUGAUGGCGUUGUUGGAAUGGUUGCUCCGUCCGAAUCGAUCGACGAUGUGAAUGGAUAUUUCGCAUCAUUCAUGAAAUCCUCCGAGGUAUGA